CGUGACUUGGGGACCGUGCGCAUGGCAACCCCGUUUUAAUCCACCGAAGCAGCAACGGCGUUUUCUCUCCACGCGCUUUUGAGCAGAUAACUCCCCCCGUGUGCUGUUGUCGUCGUCUACACAGCACGAACGUGUGUGGCGGUCAGUUCGCAGCACGUGGACAAUCAAUCACCGAGACGUCCACUUAUCGAGUGAAGAUUUGGGAUGUCAACGAGCAAGAUGAACCAGGAGGAGGUUUUUGCCAACCUGAAGAAGGAUGUCCGUUCUUUGCUCAUUUCGUCAAAGACGGGCUUGGAUGCCGAUCAACUCAAGCGAGACUACGUGGCCAUGUUGGGUCGUCCAAUGCCCCUGAAUCUUCUGGGCUUUAGACACGUCAUGGAUAUGGUCAAGGAGAUGCCUGAAGUGGUGUCUUUUAACUUCAGGGUAGAUGGCAGCAUGUUUUUAACCGCUGUCGGCGACGAUUCCACCCGAAACAUUGAAGAGCUAGUAGCUAAACAGCGCAAGCCCAAGAAGACCACAAGGCAACGUGUCAUUUCCUUCUCGCCCCGCUACUGUCACCGGCCCGCGGCUAUGGUCCUCCCCAGGAGAGGUCGCGCCCCUCCGUCUGCGCCUGCUCAUCUCAGGGCACAGCUCUGCAUACUGCUCUCCCAGGGUCCGCUGAAGUUGUCUGACCUGGAGGCCGGUUUCCUGCGUUGCUUCUGCCAGCCGCUGCGUGUCCACAACUACGGCUUCUACUCCAUUGUGGAGAUGCUGAAGGCAGUGGAGGACCUAGUCGUUAUUCAGCAGGGCAAGCUGGGGUCAGUUCUGAUCCUGAAGGAACAUGUGAUGCUCCAGCGGUCCCGCAACACAAGGACUCUACACAUGAAGUCAGAAUUGCCUAAAAGUCUCAAUUCAGGUCCCAAAGUGCCAGACGCCAGAACUCAGACACCAACAGAACCAGUCCCAGUGAAACAAAGUCCUGUGAACCAGCCAGCCCCUGAGGCGACCUUCGGCCCCGUCCACAAACAGUCAAUCGCUCACAAGCCACAGAUGGUUGAGAAGAACCAGGAAGAAAAACCAGCGCACGGUCAAGACGAUCAGCUCUUUCAGAGCCAUGUCCUUGAGCUGCAGCAGGAGCUUUGCCAGAAAAUUGUGGAGAAUGGAGUCGCUGGCACCAUCAGUCCGGAGCUGAAGGACAAGCUGCGAGAGGUUGUAGGUCAGAGCAGUGGUGGAUUGUCGGUGCACGAUCUGCCUGCUGAGUACAAAAGGGUUUUUGGUGAGGAACUCCCAGUGCAACAAAGUGGCUUUGUCAGUGUCACUGAACUGGUCGGUGCCAUGAGUGACACCUUCCACCUGAAACCUGUAGACAGUGAAAUUGCCCAACACUGGAUAGUCAUCGACAUACAGGACUGUGGCAGUAAACAAUCAGACUCCGAGGGGACGGAGUGCGUCGAUAGCCGUCCGAAGCGGUCAUUCAUCAGCUCCUGUUUGCGCUCUGGAGAGUCUCCUUGGGAAGGCAAACUGGAAGAACACCAUGAUUGUAUCACAGCUGACGAUGACAAGCUGGAGACCAGCAACAAUUUCAAGACCCAUGAAAUGAUGCUUUGCAGUCCUGGGGCUCCCCAUGAUGCCGUGCAGAGUCAGCGUCUCGAACCGCCAACACGCCGUGGUGCUCGAGAGCUGGUAGAAGUCCUGGUGGAACGGGUUGAGUCGCCUGGACUUUUCUACAUCCGCUUCAGCGAGAGUGAGGAGGCCCGCGCUAUGGAGGACAUGAUGAUUGAGAUGAGACAACGCUACACGUGUCCUGAGGUGUCAGAGCGUUACCGCCUCCCUCAGCCAUUUGUCCGCACAGGUCAAGUCUGCUGUGUGUCCCCCAAAGGAAUGUGGUUCUACCGCGUGGUGAUCCAUCAGAUCGUCAGCCCCACUGAGGUCCAGGUGUACUAUGUCGACUUUGGUGACAUGAUGGUUGUACAGACCGCCAUCCUCAAGUUCCUCAAGUCCUGUUUUUCAAUUCUUCCGGCACAGGCUGUUCCGUCAUCACUCGCUGGAAUCAAACCCAGCACCGGCAGCUGGACUGCUGAGGCCGGGGCCGCGUUCCAGAAGCUGUGCGCCGAUCGCACCCUGGUGGGUGCUUUGGAUCGUUACACCGGAGAGGUGCUCCAGCUGUACCUGUGUGACACGCAUACUGAUCAGGACCUCUACAUCCACACUGUCCUGCUGAGCCAGGGCCACGGGGCCGCCUGCAGCUCCACGGCCAGUGCAGCGCGGUGUGCCCAUGUCGACCCAGUGAGUCUCUACAUGGGGAAGGGAAUGGUUGCUCUGCCAGAAGUAGAAGUGGUUUUACCAAAGCAAGCAGAAAUGCUUCAGCGCUCCCUAUCAGCUUCACUGGAGGUUAAAGAGGAAGAGCUGCCCGAACUGGAGUUGGUCGGCCCCAAUCUCCAGGGUAUAAACGCCAACCCCUUCAUGGCGCUGCAAAACGAUCAAACAGUCAGCUGCAGCGAAAUCGAUUGGACCUUGACCAAGAAAUCGCCUCCGACCAACCCCUCCAGCCAUCUCGCCCCCCCAGAUGUGAUCCAGACGAGUCCAGCUCAUUGUAAAACUGAUCUUGAAACACUGAGCAGGAAUCCUCCCCCAAUUCCAUCCAGCGUCACUCCCAGCUCCUGCUGUCCAACACCAAAAGAGGAGCAGCACACAGUCGCUGCCCCCUCGCUAGUCAGGCCAACUCAGAUUCUGAGGAACCUGAGCCUCCACACCCCCGGCCUGAGCCAAAUCCAUGACUACACUCAGGGUGUAUCAUUUCCUCUUUUCCGCUUGCAAAAGUCUGGCACCAUGUUCCCUCUGUUUGGUGCCAGGUAAGUCGACCUGCGACAUCCAACCGGAGCGACUCAAAUCAAACCCCAAAGGAAGGAGCCGGAUGACUGUUCAUUUUUAGACGUGAAUAAGUUCUUGUUUUAACACCAAACCUUUUUUUUUUUUUUAUUCUUUUUUUUUUUAGUUUAAUCCCUUUCUAAGAAGCCAUCAAGAUAUCUCUGAUAUGUUACAUGUGAUAUGUUCCUUAUGGAUACUAAUGUAGUAAAAAGUCAAAAUACUGUUCAUAUUAAAAAUACAAAAUGUAAUUAAUGUAAUUUUAUUUUUUUUCAAAAUAAAUUUUAUUUGAAUGUUUUAGUAAUUGUUUUACUUGUCACAACAAGCUGUAAGUUGGCAUCAAACUUUUUAACCUUUCCGCUUUUUGUAAAAAAUAGAUCUCCAGGCGGUUUUGUGACGUCAGUCAAGUAUUGCUAAAGUGAUUUCCCUCAUGCUCGAUUCUAUCUACUUCACCACGAUGAUGUCAACAUGACCCCCUCUGUU